AUGAAUAGAUAUUGGUGGGGGACAGGAACUGACCGUGGUAUUCAUUGGAAGGCAUGGGAUAAGUUGUGUAUCCCAAAGAAGUAUGGGGGACUGGGAUUUAAGGAUCUAAGAGCUUUUAAUCUGGCAAUGUUAAGUAAGCAGGCAUGGCGGAUGCUAACUAAUACUGACUCAUUGGUAUCUUGUGUUUAUCGGGCUAGAUAUUAUCCCAAACAUACCUUUUAUGAGGUAGGGCUGGGGAAUAAUCCCAGUUUUUGUUGGCGUAGUAUUAUGGCAGCUAAGGAACUGGUCUGUGGGGGAGUAAGGCGGCGUAUUGGGAUUGGAAAUUCAACGCUAAUCUGGGAGCACCCGUGGCUCCAGGAUGAAUUGGAUCCCAUGAUCCAUACUGAGAUGGCUCCAGGAUGA